AAAAAAGAUAACUUCUCCCACACCACCACCCCUGAGUUUCUCUGCUUAUUACUAACCUCCAAGCGCGGGGGUGGCUCUGAAACACGGCUGUUCCGGCUCUGCCCUCCAGGUGGCAGCAGUGCCACACCGCAGAGGCUCCAAUCCCCUCGUCCCCGACUUCAAGUGUUAAUGCAAUUGACCAAUCAGUGCUAAGAUGAUGGGAGGUAAUUGGGUAAUUGUAUUUUACUGAUCACAAGCAGAGAAAGGGAAAGGAAAAAGGGAAAGAAAGAGGGGCAGAGGGAAGGGGACCGCAGUCCGAAAGGAGAUUUGGGGAGCGGGGACGCAAACCUUCGGGACGUGGCAUUGGCUUAGAGAAAGGAGCUGCCGCCCGCCCUGGGAGCGCAUUUAAUAUCGGAGGGGAAAAGAGGGGAGAGAGGAUCGGGCGGGGGAGGCAGAGAGUUCCAGCCGAAGUGGAUGGAAGGGGACUGGGGUUUAUGCAGCGCUGGGAGCCGCGAGCCGGGGCUAUGGCGCUAAGGACCGCGCGGAGCAGCUGCGCUCCCGGUAACGCAUCUCUUGGCGGAGGACUAGCCGGCGUCGGGAAGGUCUGCGAGAAGAGGGACCAACUUGUGGCUCCAAAAUGUACCCGACGCAGCUGGAAAUGAGAUCAGAGCUGCAGUUUCAUUCGAGAAGGAUGAGAGGAGCCAGCGACUAAGGAUUUUUUUUUUUUUAACCUCCUUCGUUCCGUUUUCUAUCCUCUUUCCUUAUUAUUUUUUUCACUUGCCUCACACCCCCGUGGAGUCCCUCGCUUCGCCCUCCUUAUUUGAAAUAAAAGCCCAAUUUGAACUUCUUUCGUCGCGGCGCCCCUGGAUUCGCAGCCCGCUGAUGGAUGAGAAGGGGACCCGGUGGCUGGCAGGGGCCACCGGCGAGGGAUCGCGUCACGCGUCUCCCCCGUGAUCCCAGCCCUGACCGUGGAGUUCUGCUACACCUGGAGAAUCUGGACCGGGUGCCGGGGGUGGGGGCGGGGACAGAGGAAGCGCAAGCCACCCUGAGCUUUUAAAAAAAGAAGAAGAAGACGAAGUAGCUGGGGGAAGGAAUGGGUUUCUUCUUGACAGCUGACGGAGCCUUGAAAUUUUCCUCCACUACCUCCGCCCCUACCCCCGCCCCCGCCCCCCGCACUCCAUUUAACGUGAGAUUAUGAAAUUGCAGAGGCGGUGGAGGGAAGGAGACAGGAUAUAACAGAGAGUUUGGAGGGAGAGGGGAAGGUGGCUGGCCGGGUGGCUGAAAUCAAAAAUCCAGUUGCGCACUGGGUUGUGAUGAGAAAUCUAAUCAGAUCUUUGGAGAAGGGGCCGGCCGGAAGGGUGGCGAGUGGGGGGAGUUGAGCCCCAAAUUCUUCUUCGAGGUGGGGGCUGGGGAGAGGAAUCGGCGAUGUAAAACGAGACUUUUUUUUUUUUUUGGUGGCGGUGGCGGUUGGGUGCGUUGCAAAAAUGAAGGAUGCGGGACGCAGCUAUCUCUUGGAACCGAACGCAGUGGAUAAACUGAUUGUGCAAGAGAGAAGGAAGAAUGAAGCUUUUUAUUGUGAGACCUGGAUCUUAACACACAUGUGUAUAUGUGCACACAGGGAGCAUUGAAAAAUGAAAUAAACCAGUGUCAGACCCGCGGGGGUUGAUGUAUUCUGACAUAAAUAAUUAACCAUAAAAACAGCGAUCCCCCCUCCCCAAAAGGAUGAUUGGAAAUGGAGAACCGUGGAUUCACAAAGAAAAGUAUGUGCUUUUUUUUUUUUUUUCUAUAAAGGAGAAAGUAAGCCAAGGAGAUAUUUUUGGAAUGAAAAGUUUGGGGCUUUUUUAGGAAAGUAAAGACUUGAUAUGGUGGUGUUUUCUUUUUGAAUUUCCCACAAGAGGAGAGGGAAUUAAUAAUACAUCUGCAAAGAAAUUUCGGAGAAGAAAAGUUGACCGCGGCAGAAUGAGGCAUUGAUUGGGGGAGAGAAGCCAGCAGAGGACAGUUGGAUUUGUGCCUAUGUUGACUAAAAUUGACGGAUAAUUGCAGUUGGAUUUUUCUUCAUCAACCUCCUUUCUCCCCCCUACCCCCCCCCCCCGUUUUUUUCUUUUUGAUGUCAAGAUCAUGCGUUUUUCCGCUUGUUCUUAACCACCUGGAUAUCCAUCUGGAUGUUGCUGUGAUCAGUCUGAAAUACAAUUAUUUGAACUCCAGAAGGACCAACACCAGAUAAAUUAUGAAUGUUGAACAAGAUGACCUUACAUCCACAGCAGAUAAUGAUAGGUCCUAGGUUUAACAGGGCCUUAUUUGACCCCCUGCUUGUGGUGCUGCUGGCUCUUCAACUUCUUGUGGUGGCUGGUCUGGUGCGGGCUCAAACCUGCCCUUCCGUCUGCUCCUGCAGCAACCAGUUCAGCAAGGUGAUUUGCGUUCGGAAAAACCUACGUGAUGUUCCAGAUGGCAUCUCCACCAAUACCCGGCUGCUGAACCUCCAUGAGAACCAAAUCCAGAUCAUCAAAGUGAAUAGCUUCAAACACUUGAGGCACCUGGAAAUCCUACAGUUGAGUAGGAAUCAUAUCAGAACAAUUGAAAUCGGGGCCUUCAAUGGUCUGGCAAACCUCAACACGCUGGAACUCUUUGACAAUCGUCUUACGACCAUCCCGAAUGGAGCUUUUGUAUAUUUGUCUAAACUGAAGGAGCUCUGGUUGCGAAACAACCCCAUCGAAAGCAUCCCUUCUUAUGCUUUUAACAGAAUCCCUUCUUUGCGCCGGCUAGACUUAGGGGAAUUGAAAAGGCUUUCAUACAUCUCAGAAGGUGCCUUUGAAGGUCUGUCUAACUUGAGGUAUUUGAACCUUGCCAUGUGCAAUCUCCGAGAAAUCCCUAACCUCACGCCGCUCAUAAAACUAGAUGAGCUGGAUCUUUCUGGGAAUCAUCUAUCUGCCAUCAGGCCUGGCUCUUUCCAGGGGUUGAUGCACCUUCAGAAACUGUGGAUGAUACAGUCCCAGAUUCAAGUGAUUGAACGGAAUGCCUUUGAUAACCUUCAGUCACUGGUGGAGAUCAACCUGGCACACAACAAUCUGACAUUACUGCCUCAUGACCUCUUCACACCCUUGCAUCAUCUAGAGCGGAUACACUUACAUCACAACCCCUGGAACUGUAACUGUGACAUCCUGUGGCUCAGCUGGUGGAUAAAAGACAUGGCCCCCUCCAAUACAGCUUGCUGUGCCCGGUGUAACACCCCUCCCAAUCUGAAAGGGAGGUACAUUGGGGAGCUUGACCAGAAUUAUUUCACAUGCUAUGCUCCUGUCAUUGUGGAGCCCCCAGCAGACCUCAAUGUCACUGAAGGCAUGGCAGCUGAGCUGAAAUGUCGGGCCUCCACGUCCCUAACCUCCGUAUCUUGGAUUACUCCAAACGGAACAGUCAUGACACAUGGGGCAUAUAAAGUGCGGAUAGCUGUGCUCAGUGAUGGCACGUUAAACUUCACGAAUGUAACCGUGCAAGAUACAGGCAUGUACACAUGUAUGGUGAGUAAUUCUGUGGGAAAUACCACCGCUUCAGCCACCCUGAAUGUUACCGCAGCAACCACUACUCCCUUCUCUUACUUUUCAACUGUCACGGUAGAGACUAUGGAACCUUCUCAGGAUGAGGCACGGACCACAGAUAACAAUGUGGGUCCCACUCCGGUGAUCGACUGGGAGACCACUAACGUGACCACCUCCCUCACGCCACAGAGCACAAGGUCAACAGAAAAGACAUUCACCAUCCCUGUGACUGAUAUAAACAGUGGGAUCCCAGGAAUUGAUGAGGUCAUGAAGACUACCAAAAUCAUCAUUGGCUGUUUUGUGGCCAUCACACUCAUGGCUGCAGUGAUGCUGGUCAUUUUCUACAAGAUGAGGAAGCAGCAUCAUCGGCAAAACCAUCAUGCCCCAACGAGGACUGUUGAAAUUAUUAAUGUGGAUGAUGAGAUUACAGGAGACACGCCCAUGGAAAGCCACCUGCCCAUGCCUGCGAUUGAGCAUGAGCACCUCAAUCACUAUAACUCUUACAAAUCUCCUUUCAACCACACAACAACAGUUAACACAAUAAAUUCAAUACACAGUUCAGUGCAUGAACCGUUAUUGAUCCGGAUGAACUCUAAAGACAAUGUCCAGGAGACUCAAAUCUAAAACACUGACAGUUACGGAAAACAAACAAUAAAAAAAAAAAAAGACAGUUUAUUAAAAAUGACACAAAUGACUGGGCUAAAUCUACUGUUUCAAAAAAGUGUCUUUACAAAAAAAAAAACAAAAAAGAAAAGAUUUAUUUAUUAAAAAUUCUAUUGUGAUCUAAAGCAGACAAAAUUAUGUGUAUUCCUCAGAACCUGUUUUUGCUGCACUUAUUUACUAUUUCCCACAUCUCGUCCCUGCCUUCCCUAUCGCCAUAUUUUUCAUAGGAGAUCUCAAUUCCCUAAAGAACUGGUCUAGGAAAUUUUGUAAGAAUUCUGUUAUACUUUGAGAUUUUUAUGGUGAAUUCUAGUGGUGAGAUCCAGUCUAUUUUGUCUUUCUUUUAUUUUUUUCUUCUCUCUCUCUCUUUCUUUUCUUUCCUCCCUCUCAUGCCCUUAUGAAGUAGUCCAAUGGGGAAUGCAGUAUUAGAAAUAGAUUUUUAAGAGAGAACAAGGAAAAAAUGCAAGAUCUUAUAUUUUUCAUGUAAUGAUCUGUUCUGUAUUUAUGAGGAGGACCAUUCAAUGGGAAAGAAAAAAAAAAGGAAGCAAGCAACAGAUUAAUUUACAUAUGAGCAUCUAUAAAACCCAUGAUCUUUUAAACAAAUCUAGAAUCCGAUUUGUAGUGCAAAAACUAAAAAUAAGAUUAUAAAUAAAAUAUUGUUGGUUUUUCUGUACCUGGAUACAACUCAUUUGUAGUUUGGCUCAAAUGUAAGAAACUUGAAGGAAACUAGACUUCCUGCUUUCUGAGAAAGGUAAUACUACAGUAAUCUUCAGUCACAGCACCAGUCUCUACAGGGUCCUGUGUGAUUAGAUGACGUGAGUUUCUGAUCUAUAUUUAAGGAUUGUGGUCUUCUUUUCAUUAGUGCCACCCUUUGUAGAAUGCUCAGAUUUUUAGAUUUUUGUGAAGUAAAUUCAAUUCCACUUGAAAGAAAGUUUCAGUAUAAUUUAUUCCCUGGCUCCUAAAUAAAAAUAUUCUGUCUAGAUGAAGUACAGUCACAGAAUGCUAAACUAUCCAAGUUGAAAAAUCAUUGUUGGUGCUGAGUGUCAACAAACUCAGUUCAAUUCAACACUGUUAAAGACCUACUAUGUGUUAAACACUGAUGUUAGUGCUGUGGACACAUUAUUAGAAAGACCUGGUUUCUGCACCUGAAUCACUCAUGACCUAUAUGUAACAUCAUUGAAGAAACAUCAGUUGAUUACCAGGGGCCAGCUCUAAUUUUCCUGUUAGGUGGCAGGUGGCAGGAUCCUAGAGUUUUGAAAUAAUCAGGUUACUGUUAUGACCAAAACCUCCUCAUGAUUUUUUUUUCCAUUCUUCUGGAAGAGCUGAUUCUGUUCUUCCAAAUGCAGAUUGUAGAGUGGUAAAGAAGUGUAAGUAUGGAUUUGAUUUGCUACGGCCAAUAGAUGUUUACCAAGACAUAGCAAUGCUAACACACUAGUAAUUCAUUAAAGGUACUUCAAGGAACUGGAGAUAUUUUUGGUAUGAGAAUAUCCACUAGCUUGCAAGUUAAAAAGGAACUUUCUAGUUACUGGUACCUCAGCACUCUCCUGAUAUUUUAAUAUAGUAUAUGUCUGACUUUUGUCUUUAUCCACGUGAAGCGUAAUGAAAACAGUCGUGUAACAGUGUGUUAGUCGCUCGGUCGUGUUGGACUCUUUGCACCCCCAUGGACUGCAGCCUGCCAGGCUCCUCUGUCCAUGGAAUUUUCCAGGCAAGAAUACUGGAGUGGGUAGCCAUUCCCUUCUCCAGGGGAUCUUCCCAAAUAUACACCUCUCAUUGCUGGCCCUUGAAAUCUGCCAUAUCAUUGGUGAGACAAGUGUUAAACUAGAGAAAACUAAGAUAAGCUGGAGAAAACCUCAGCUCCUAAUGAAUGAGCAGCUUGGAUACUCACACAUAACUCUAGCUGGACAUGACACCAGGGUUUUGGGAUCUCCAGGUGUGAAAAACCAAUUGUUACUAGCAAAAUAGGUCAGAGAACUGGGAGGAAGAGAUAGCAAACGAAUGAGACCACACAAGGAUCUCACCUCUAUUUUUUGAGCACCAGUUCUUUAGUGGCUUUUGCUUCCUCAUAUCCUACCUUUCUCUGUUAGGAAUACAAUUCAUAUUAGCUUUUACUGUGGAGAAGACUCAAGGGAAAACACAUGUUGGCUGUCAUUUGUCAAGUGAUUCAGUAUUGAACGUGCUUCAUAUUUCUAAGCUGCGGAUCAGCUUGGAAACCAACCAAACAACUCACCAAGGAAUAUCAAGUGCUAAUACAAAGAAGACUGGUAUAAACCCAGAAGGAAAAGAAUCUUGCCUUCUCUACUUGGUUUCUGAUCUCUGUCUUUGCUGAUUAUAAACUUUCUUUCAUUUGAGCUUUUAAUUCUUAAGAAGUUAGUUCCAGCAUACAAUUCCUCUUGAGUAAACUCUGGGAGUUGGGGAUGGACAGGGAGGCCUGGCAUGCUACAGUCCAUGGGGUCGCAAAGAGUUGGACACGACUGAGUGACUGGACUGAACUAAACUGUGAGGGGUGGCUAAGUAGUUAGAUAAAUUCUACUAGAAUAAAAGGUGAAUUUGCACUAAAAAUUUAGGUAAGAAAGUCAAGAAUACUUGAAUACAUAUUAGAAUUUUUUUAAAAAAAAUCUACAUAUAUUGAUGAAAGAUUUGUUAAGCCACAUUUGACUUUUCCAGUCAAUUUAGAAAUACUUUUGACAAAUGGUCCUCACUGCAGGUUUUAGGGAUGAAGGGCAUAGUGCUAUAAAAGUAUUAUUUAAAGGACACUAAAAUGAAUUCUAUGACUUUAUGAGUUUAUGAUUAGCAGUGCCUAUAUUUGCUCUGCAUCAUGUACUAGUUUGGGGAGCUUCAACAAGGUAGCUGUGCUAACCAGAGUUCAUCACUCAAAAUGGACUUCCUUGGAUCAGCAGAAAGUCCAUUUCACUGUUUAAAUAUCUGGUCUAUCCUUGUAGCAAAAUGCACUUUUUAUGUCUGCUACUGUUUUUAUUCUACCCAAAGGUGACUAAGCGGCAGUAUGCUUAAAUACUCAUGUGCAUCAAAAAUAUGUCAUUCACAAUUAACCAAGUUAAAAUAAUGUAAUGAUAAUUUUAGUAUAUUUUUCCUACUGAAGAUAUGCAGUUGACUUUGGGAAAAUAUCAAAGAAUGCUUUAGAAGGAAUCUUCUCUAAUAUUUUUUUUUUUCUAUUCUGGACUCUUGCUCUUUUAUAACUGGCUAUCACCUCAAACUCCUAAAUUCUUUUGCAUGUGUCCAAACACAUUUAUUGGUGGCAAAAUAUGAGAAGAAUUUGGUAUAAUUUGCAUACAUAGGACCCAAUAUAGCUUUAAUCAUUUUUCCUCAUAUUCUGAACAUUCUAGAAUCAAAUGUCAUCUUUUCCAAAGAUUAAAGUUGGUAAUUAGAAUUUUGGACCAUUGGUUAAUGAUUGGAACAUUGAUCAAUUCUUUUUUUGAGGAAUUGCUUAAUUGCUAUAAUUGCUUUUAGGCUUUAUAAUCAAAGAAUCAAAAAUCAGGACAUUAUUUGAGACCUGCAUACUCUUAAAUUCUGAAUUUAGAUCUGUUGAUAAAUAACUUGACAAUGGAAGGGUUAUUUGUAUGGGAGAAAGAAAAUGAAGAAGACAUUUAUAGAAAAAGAUUUACUGAAACAUGAGGAAAGUAUUAGGUGCAUGGCAUCAAGCUACCCAACAUUUCCAAAGUAAAUAUUGAUCAAGGUGAAAAAAAAGUUAAACAUUUUAUCCUCUUAGCAUAAUCUUCAAAAUACUUAGACAAUUCAAAGAGUCAGAUGAGUGCUUAUGGACAGUGUGGUGCUUUGAAACAAUGUAAUUUUUAAAUAAUGUUUUAAAUUGUAUAUUUGGUGCUUCAGCUUACUGGGAUUAAUAAGGAUAUUGAAAACAAUUGUAUCACUAAAUAUCACAGGUAUAACACAUGAAUGCUUGAUUGAGGAGUCAUAGUCUUCUAGAAAGCCAGGUGUCUGUUUUUCAUAAAAUAAAUUUUCACAGAGUCAAAUCUCUUUUUUUAAAAAAAAUCUCUCCCCAAAGUUUAUACACAUUCUUAUAUUUGAUUAGAAUAUGAUUUCUGUACAAAAGCAACCAGAUAAAAAUAAGUCAAGCUGUUGCCUUAAAACAUCAAAUUACCUUCUGUUUUUUUCUCUUCUGCCAUAAUAAGAAAUAUGAAUUCCUGCACACUCUGUAUUAGAUAGAAGCCAGCUGUGAUGCCAUUGUCUUUCCAGGAUAUAAAAUAAGAUACAUCUGGUUCUAUGAGAGAAAAAAGAAAUCUCCUAGAAUUACUGAUAGUACACUGUCAAUUAAGAUCCAAAUGUAGAAGCUCAAAGAAGCAUUCUUAAAACACAUUUAAAAACCAGUUCCCAUCAUUUUGUGUCUUUAAGUGCUGCUAACCAAACUUUUGAGAUUUCAACCUUUCUUAAAUUAUUUGAGAAAAUAUACAAAUUACAUAUAAAUUAUAUAAUUAAAUUGUAUAACAAGUGCCUAACAGCAGUGAGAAAACUCCAUUUUUUUUUUUUUUGCCUUAGUCCAGAAUAAAUAAAAAGAAAAGGAGAGAGAGAGAGAAUGAAGUGUUGCUGCAAAGAUAGGCGAUGCAUUAAGCUAUGAGAGCACAUGUUACUGGAAAAUCCUUCUAUUUUAUAAACCUUAUUAAUGCACAGUAAAUGAGGAUACUCAUGCAUCAUCUGGGCAAAAUACAGAAAGCAAAGCUCUACAAGACUCCAGACCCUGAAGAUUUUCUUUCAACAUUUGGUCCAGUAAUUUAGUUUCAUUUUCCAGGUUAUUAAUGCUACACUGUAUUAUAUAUUUGAUGUUGAAUCGCUGAAUUUGAAUUUGUCCAAAUGGUAUCAAUCCUGUCCUUAUCUGGUUGGCUGAAGUAGUUAAUAUAUAGCUUUUUACUUAGAUCAAAGAGAAGAUUCAAUGUUAUUUGACAGAGAGGGGCUGGUCUCCGUGGAGGCCGCAGCGCCCAUUUUGAUUUAUGUCCUCCAACCCUGAAACUUGGCAGAACACCCACUAGCUCAGCCCUAGGAGAUCCUGACAAAAAUCCAUCCAUUAUGGGAAUCCCUACCCUUUAUCAUGUCUAUGUAUCGGUAAGGCUUCUGAAUGACAAUUAGUAAUUCUUUCUUUUCGGUCCUUAGUCCCACAUUAAAAGUGGUAAAUUAAAAUGGAAUUUAAUUUCCAUUUAAACACAGUUGGUAAUUUUGUAAAGUGUCUAAUUCUCUGAGAGAAAUAAAUGAAGCUUAAAUUGAACUAAAUAUAUUAAAGCAUACACAAGAGUAAUUAUGAUGUAUUUUCUGGUAUAUACUUUUUUAUGGUAGAUACUAUAAAACUUUAAAUCAAAUAAUUUGUUAACACUACGGAAAUCAUGGGUUUCUUUACUAAUGGAAUCAUUAUGAAAAAAUUUAACUAUAACAACAUUUGUAAAAUGCCUCAAAAGUCAAAUGUUGAAUUGGACUUCCUGGUCCUAUGGCUAGUUCUAUUUUUAAAAAAUAAAGUUUUACAAAAUGAAA